CAGUGAUCUAGGGUUGGUGAGGUGACCCUACUGACACAGUCAUGAUGUACUUGGAUGCCUAUCAGAGCCAUAAAAGACCUUCAUCUGUCCGCCGCGGGGAUCCAUUGAGUGACUUCUUCUGACCUGAGGCUGCAGGUGCUUUGAGAGCUCUACUACCAGAGGUAAUCUGAUCUGGGAACUGGGAUGGGAAAAUGCAUGUGUUGAAGCUGUGAAGCCCUCCCAAGGAAACAGAGAUGGCCUGCGUGUAGAUUUUAAAGAGUGGGCAGAAUUGUUCCAGGCAGAGAAGAAGAGUGAUUCAGGGUGAAUAAACAGCAUGGGCUGCAGGCAGUAGACUUACUUCCAGCUGCUUCGGAAGCUUGUUGCAGGAUUCUUCACAGGAUCCCCUUACAUUUCUACAAACAAACAAAGAAGCAAACAAACAAAAACAAGCAAACUGCUGCAGCUCGCCUCACCUGAAGGGGGUUUGGUGCCCUUGCUGUGCAGCAGGCCCUGGCACUCUUCUCAGCUUCUCAUUCUUGACUCCUGCUCUCACAGUGAUUUGGAAACCAGUAACAACCAGCCCUGCUCCCUACCCAAGGCUCAGCUCAGAACUAUCAUCUCAACUUUGGUCUCUUCAAACAACUCACUUGUGACAGUCAAAAUUGCAGGGCCAUAGAACUGCUGGUGAUAAAAUCUGCCGUGAAAUUGUGAAGGUUCCCAGCCCUGAGGCCACACGUGACUGCAUCCUCUGAAUUCUUGCUGCCAGGAUGGGAAAACAGAACAGCAAGUUGCGCCCAGAGGUCAUGCAGGACUUGCUGGAGAGCACAGACUUUACUGAGCACGAGAUCCAGGAAUGGUAUAAAGGCUUCUUGAGAGACUGCCCCAGUGGACAUUUGUCAAUGGAAGAGUUUAAGAAAAUUUACGGGAACUUUUUCCCUUACGGGGAUGCUUCCAAAUUUGCAGAGCACGUCUUCCGUACCUUUGAUGCCAAUGGAGAUGGGACAAUAGACUUUAGAGAAUUCAUCAUAGCCUUGAGUGUGACAUCAAGGGGCAAGCUGGAGCAGAAGCUGAAAUGGGCUUUCAGCAUGUAUGACCUGGAUGGAAACGGCUACAUCAGCAAGGCAGAAAUGCUAGAGAUUGUGCAGGCGAUCUAUAAGAUGGUUUCCUCUGUAAUGAAAAUGCCUGAGGAUGAGUCAACCCCAGAGAAAAGGACAGAAAAGAUCUUCCGCCAGAUGGACACCAAUAGAGAUGGAAAACUCUCCCUGGAAGAGUUCAUCCGAGGGGCCAAGAGCGACCCGUCCAUAGUGCGCCUCCUGCAGUGCGACCCCAGCAGCGCGGGCCAGUUCUGAGCCCACACCCCACGAAUCACAGAGCUGCUUGUUCUCUUUUGAUUUUUCUUUGUAACUUUUUUUUUUUGCCAAAUAUUGACAGUGAUGCUGUUCCCUGUGCAGUCACAUGCACCUUCCUCUGUGACGCCUUCAGCUUCUUUUGUGGUGGUCGCUUCGUGGGAAUGCCCAGAACCCCAGCGCUUGUGGAGAGCAUGUGUGUCGUGCACAGACUUUGUGGUGUUUGUUGUUCCGAUGAUUUUUAAUCGUUAUUGUUAUUUUCUCUUGAUUCUAAUGUCUCUGUUCUAACACCGAAGACUCAGAGAGGCAAAAGAAGGGAAAACAAUCUGGUGUCAGGAUGGCAUUUCAAGCUUUGAGGGCUUGUUUGAAAAGCAAAACUGCCCCCUGGGUCUUUUGUCACACAUGCCAGAGGGGCGAUGGCACCAGCUACGGGAUCCCCGUAAGAAUAAGGAAUCUUCUGGGCCAGGCUGUUAAAGGGACCUGAGGAAUUCCGCCCCUGCAGGCCCGUCCUACCCCCUUCCCCAGCAGGCUGUAGUUUUUAAGCUGUGAACAUUUCAAGAUAAAUUAAUAGCAAAGAGGAAAAGAUGGCUCAGCUCUUUUUUCACAGGUUUACACUAGUUGAGCUAAGAUGAGUUUCUUUGGAAAUUAAUCACAAAUGGUAACGCAUAUUCCAAGACUAGACCUAUCUUGUUGCCUCUUGUGAUUUAAAAAAAAAAAGAAAAGAAAGAAAAGAAGAAUGCUGUAUAUAAAAUAUUGGGUAUUGCAGACCAAAUUAAGUGUUUUGCCUUUAAAUAAAAUGCAUGUUUAGUGAGCACUAAUCCCAACUUAUUACAGAAGACUGUUUCUAGUAGCUUAUUGUGAAGUAAGCCAACUAUAAUGAAUGUCUGUGUCUUGUUUUAAAGUCAUAUCUGUCUUUGCACAAAUGCACCAAUCAACAGGUAUAUUUUAUAUAUUCUAGAAAAGUACAAAGUAACCAUGACUAGGGCCCAAACGGACUUUUGAAUGCUUUUCCAGAGCAGCAGUGCCUGGAGAACGGAAGCAGGGCAGGUGUAAGUGGGGCACGUCACUUGGAGCACCAGAAGGUCAAUACUUAGGGAAGAUAGGAGGUAACGGCCUGCCCACAAGCCCAGAAGCCCCUUGGCAGUAUUACGUUGGAGGGGUGGUGCUUUUCUGAGCGGAUCAAUAUUCUGUAGACCCAGCAAGGGACUGCCCAACGGUAUAAUCCACAUGAAUGGUUAGGGAGCCGCAUCUGCAAGGUGGCUUUCCAUGCCCCGACUGGCCCUGCAGAGGCGGAGGUUGGACCCUCAUCUCUUCGUGAAGAAGCCAGGAGCAAGUGCUCCUGUGAUUUCCAAGGUCCGCUACGGGAAACCCAAAGGUGGUUUCCAUCACUGUGUUCUUUGAAUGCAGAUUCUUAGUUCCUGAAGCGACAACACAAAUUUGAUUUGCUGUUCAGUCUGACGACCUCAUACCCACUAAUUGGAACUGAAAAUUAAAAGUAAAAAUCCCUGGUCAUAGGGAGCGAUAUUUCGGCAAGCAGUAGGCAUGAGGAAACCCAAACACUCACCUGUCCCAAGAAAAGGCAGAGAGGUCCCUAGUAGAUCUGUCUGCUGUCACGGAAAGAUGGGCAUCAUAAGCAUGAGAGAGAUGAUGCUGCGCUCGUUCUACCCUCCAGAUUCUUGUGUAUUACUUGAAUCCGUUUUAACGGGUAGCAAAAAAUCCAAAUUUGUAUGGUUGACCAAAAUGAACCAAUUUUGCAGGAUGAAAUUUUCAGACCUGGACAUGGCAAAAUAAUGUUAACCUUCCUCUGACUGUUAGUUUCUCCUAGUGUUUCAUACUGAGACUUGCCUAGCCUCCAUGGUCCAAGUGAUAAAAUCUAGUUUUGAAAAAUAAAGAAUUGACCUUAGACAUGGAGCUCAGAGUGCGCGAGGCGAGCCAGUACCUCCAUCCACAGGGGUCAGGAGUCACAGCGCGCUUUUUCCUGAGCUCGACUGAAGAUCUAAUUCCUCCUAUUAGUUCUCCUUAGAUGCUAAAGUGAGGUAAUGUUUGGGACACCCACCUGGGCCCUGCCCUUGGGCAUGAUAUCUUGUUGACCCAGCCUCAUUUGUUCCCUGGAACCUGGAGCUGGGGUGUGGAGCAGGGAAGAGGGUCUCCAGCUGUUUAGGAAAGAAAACAAGAGCCAGACGCAUGGCUAAUGAACGCCAACACGCCUGGGAUGUACAGAAAUAGCCCUCGUCCUGGCCUGCCGUUGACCCUGUCUGCACUUUCUCGAGGUUUGUUUUUCUUCUCCUCCUUCUUCCCGGGAAAGCCUUUGUAUGUCCGAUCCAGUGCGCUCAUUUUUGGCCAAGGGACCCGGCAGCACCCAGAAGGCUGGAUGCCUGAAGGUUUAUGUCACUCCUGUGCUGGGCUGUUCAUUGUCAUUGCCGUGCCAAGGGACCUCUGGAAAUGGAUUCUGCUCUGUCGGAAAUCAAGCCAGGCUGUGAUGUUCAA